GCUCGCUCUUUCGCUGGGACUCGUGUUGCCGGCAGGAUGGGUAAGUGUCGCGGUCUUCGUACGGCUCGCAAGCUCCGCAGCCACCGGCGAGAUCAGAAAUGGCACGACAAGCAAUACAAGAAAGCGCAUUUGGGCACAGCCCUGAAGGCCAAUCCUUUCGGAGGUGCUUCCCAUGCCAAAGGAAUCGUGCUGGAGAAAGUUGGUGUUGAGGCCAAACAGCCAAAUUCUGCUAUUAGGAAAUGUGUCCGUGUUCAGCUUAUCAAGAACGGCAAGAAAAUCACAGCUUUUGUACCAAAUGAUGGUUGCUUGAAUUUCAUUGAGGAAAACGAUGAAGUUCUGGUUGCUGGAUUUGGUCGCAAAGGGCAUGCUGUUGGUGAUAUUCCUGGAGUCCGCUUUAAGGUUGUCAAAGUAGCCAAUGUCUCUCUCCUGGCCUUAUAUAAAGGCAAGAAGGAAAGACCAAGAUCAUAAAUUGUGAUGAUGAAAGUACAGUAGUAAAAUUUUCAUGUGCCCAGAAA